AUGAUCGUCUCACCCGUUGCCGUUCUGGCCGCGGGUCUCUUCGCGAAAGUAGCCGCCGCUGCUUCGCUCUGCCGCAACCAGCCAGGAGAUCCUGACUACCCUACGGACGACGACUGGACUCAGCUGAACAGCACUGUGGACGGCCGUCUCGUUGCGGCCGUUCCCACCGCCAAAUGGUGUGCAGAUGUGGGCUGUAGCCAGACUGAAUGGGAGAGCUCCAAUCUUCGCGCGACGUUGCCAGGAUCUACCGUCGUGAACAACUGGGAGCAAGACUACGGCACCGGAACCGGGAACGACUCGUCGUUGUGUCUGUUGAAUGCUACGUCGAGUUGCGGUCAAGGAAAUGUCGUGCUCUACGCAAUUAACGCGACGCAGCCUGAACAUCUUCAGGCCGGCGUGCGCUUUGCAUCGCAGCACAACAUUCGCGUGGUCAUGCGCGCUUCAGGACACGACUAUCUCGGGCGCUCAACGGCCAAGAAUGCCCUUCUGCUUUGGACGCACUACUUCCAGAACAUCUCCUUCACGGACAACUUCAUCGUCGACGGAAAGAGCGCUGGCCCCGCUGUCACAGUGGGAAGCGGUGUUGGCCUGGAGUCCUAUUACGCGGCAGCAUCUGCUCAAGGACGAGCUGUCCUCGGAGGGUCUGCGGGAACUGUCGCGCCAGCAGGAGGAUGGGGUCAGGGCGCAGGGCAUUCUGUCUACUCUCCGAUAUUUGGCCUUGGCGCUGAUAACGCGCUCGAGUACAACAUCGUUACGGCGAACGGCACGCUUGUCACAGCAAACGAAGUAUCACACCCUGACCUGUUCUGGGCUGUCCGUGGCGGCGGAGGUGGCAGCUGGGGCGUCAUCGUUAAUGCAACGUUCCCCACCUUCCCACUGUUCAACUCGACUAUUCAUCAGGUGACCCUCAUUGCCAACUCGACCGAGCUGUCCGGCAGCAUGAUGGCCACGCACGCUCGGCAUAUAUUCGAUUGGGACGAUAUUCGGGCAGGUGCAUACUUCUACAUGGAGGCCUCGGAAUUCGGUUCGCUGGUGUCGCUGUCUACCGUCUUUGCCAACAUCAGUGGUGAAGAGGCUAUAUCUCGCAUGGCACCUCUCUUGACCGAUCUGCGUGCGCUGGGUGUGAACGUCUCGAACGACAUCACUGUCACGGGCGACGCAAACGUUAUCGUUCGGAAUGCUGAUUGGGCUAUUGAAGAGACCGUUCUGAACAUGACCACUGCAGAUGCUCCCACGACUAUCAUCCCAUUCCGUGAUGAUAUCGCUGGCUUCAAUCUAGUGAUGAGCUCUCGUUUCAUCCCCGAGGACGUGUACAGGAACGAUCCCGACAGCAUCGGUGACAUGUACACCAAGGUGCUUGACUUGGGCAUAGGAGCAGUAUCUGGCCAUCUUGUUGCAGGUGGAAAGGUAGCUGAGAACGCUGGCGUCAACAACUCUGUCAACCCACGCUGGCGCACGGCCAAGACUCAUAUCAUCCUGAGCUACAGCUGGGAGGAUGGCACCACUCCCCCUUCGGUGGUGCAGGAAAUCCGUCACAACUUGACCUACGUCGCGACGCCGAUACUCUCCGCGAUUACGAAGCAGGACACUCCCGGAUCCUACUCUAGUGAGGGAGAUGUCCUGGAGCCCGACUUCAAGAACGUGUUCUACGGCGAAAACUAUGCGCGGCUCUCUGAAAUCAAGUCGGCAUACGACCCGGAGGAUCUGUUCAUCGUGGGUGCAGGCGUGCAUAGUGACCUUUGGUCUGCGGAUGGGAACUGCCGGGUGAACGCCACGAGCGUGUAG